AAGACGUGUAUCUUCUUUUUUUUUUAUUAGUAGAACAGGAAGAACAUUUAUCUGAAUACGAACCAGCAACAUGUACAGCAGAUGCUAAGCUUAUGACCUAUUGGAAUAAACUAUUUCUAUAAAAUCGGUUACUAAUGUAUUCAAGGAAGAAUGUCGUCCGAUUUAAUGUUAGACUUCGAGACUCAAGAACAACAAAUGAUGAACAGUGAAACUGGCACCAUGUCCAUCGACCAGGAUGGCGAGUGGGCAGACAUCAGCCUGUUUGACGAGCUGGACAACCUUGGAGAUGCAGAUGAACUUUUUCAGGCCUUGGAGUGCGUGGGAUAUGCCGGCGAUGCCCCAGACCUCGACUUUGACAUCGACCUGCCUCCCUGGAGCACUGACACAGGCAGCACCUACACAGAUGGGGAUCAGAGUGUGGACUCUCUCUCUCCUGCCCAUACCAUGAGCUCUGUCACCUCGCCUGCAUCUCGAGAGGCCCUGUCACCUUACUCCAUACAAGAGGAUCUAGGCCAAUCUCCUCAGCCCUCUCCUGCCGUCUCUGUCUGCUCCGAGUCCAGUGGCUUCUCAGAGCCCCCCCUGGCCAAGAGGGCCACCAAGAGGACCAAUCAGGCCACGCGAGUGAAGAGGCCUAUCCAGCUCACCCCCAAGGUGUCCAUCCAGCCCAGACCAGUUGUAACGGCUGUACCCCAGCAUGCCGCGGGCCCUCUCCAGAGCAUCAUCAUCCAGCCCCUGCAGACCACCCUGGUGCCUCACCCCGCUGUGGUCAAACCUGCCCCUGUCAGAAUACAGCCAGCGCCACCUAUAGGUGGUCCGUUGGUGCUGUGCCAGCCGGCCCAGGUGCUGCAGAUCCACACUCCACAGGCAGUCACCGGGCACCUGGUUACCAUGCCAACACUGACCCAAGAGACGCCCGCCCCCAUUGCAGUCACACUCCACAGCCCUGGCUCUGACGAAGAUUCGAAGGUGUCCCAGAGGCAGCAGAGGAUGAUAAAGAACAGGGAGUCAGCGUCUCAGUCCCGUAAGAAGAAGAAGGAGUACCUGCUGACGCUGGAGGUCCGUCUCCAGAUGGCGCUGUCUGAGAACCAGCUGCUCAAGAACGAGAACGGCACCUUGAAGAGACAGCUGGAGGGACUACUGUCAGAGAACACGGUUCUGAAGACCAGUGCUCCUAAGAGGCGGGCCAUUUGUCUCAUGGUUGUGCUGGUGUUCCUCAUGCUCAAUGUGGGACCAAUGAGUUUGUUUGAAGGUGGCCGUGGCUCUAAACUUCAGGCUGGCUCCAUGCACAGCGGCAGACAUCUGCUGGGCUUCUCCCAAGAGACAGACACCCCGGUGGGCCCCGAAUCCCUCCAAACCACCCCUCCGACCCACAGUUCGGAGGACAAGGCUUUGAUGGUGGUGAAGAAGGAUCCUCUGUUCUUCGGACCUCCUCCUCCCUGUCUGCCGCCUGUCAACAGGACCAAAUGCCUCAGGUUGAACCAUGAGCUGCGAGGCUGGGUCCAUCGACAUGAGGUGGAGCGGACCAAGACCAGACGCAUGAGCAACAGCCAACACCGAGCAAACAGGACUAUCCCUAAAGAGGAUAAGAAGGCUGAGGUGUCCCAGGUCCUAACAGUCCAGUACACUGACUCCACAGAGAAGAGCCCAGGUAAUGAGCUGCAGGUGUACUUCGCUCCUCACCGCACCUACAACGACUUUUUUGACGAGAUCCAUCGCCGUGGAGACACCUUCUACGUGGUGUCUUUCCGCAGGGAUCACCUUUUACUUCCCGCUACCAGCCACAACAAAGGAAGUAGGCCCAAGAUGUCCGUGGUGUUGCCAGCCAUGAACAUUAAUGAUCGUGUGAUCAAGGACAAGGAGUUUGAGGUGAUGAUGCAGAUUGACUGUGAGGUCACAGACACCAGGAUCCUCCACAUCAAGUCCUCCAGUAUCCCACCAUUCCUGCGUGUCAACCGCACCGACACCCUGUACCCGCCUUCACCUGCGGACAGCAAGGCCACGCCUCCUGUCCAGGUGCUCAUGGGUUCCGCGUAACCUCUAUCAACCAAUCGAAUUGACGCACAAACCCGUAACUCCCACCAACCAAUUGAAACAGUGAAAAGAUGUAACAACAACAGGUCUGUUCUCCUUCACCAGUUUAACAGAUGUAACAACAACAUGUUUCUAUUUACCUUGUGUUCUUUUUUUAAUUUUCUACAGAUCUGAGAUCAUUUUUAAAUUAUUAUAUACUAAUGUAUUUGGCUGAACUCUGGUAUCAGGUUUUCUCCCUUAUCCUUGAUGUGGAUUAUGCAAUACCAAGCUAGCUCAAAUGGUCAGUGUGAGUUAGCCAUUCUGUUUUCAGCACUGAUAUCCGUCAUGGUUGGGACCAGGCUCUGUGUGUGUCUGGACUGACCAGAGCCAGGCUCUGUGUGUGUCUGGACUGACCAGGACCAGGCUCUGUGUGUGUCUGGACUGACCAGGACCAGGCUCUGUGUGUGUCUGGACUGACCAGGACCAGGCUCUGUGUGUGUCUGGACUGACCAGGACCAGGCUCUGUGUGUGUCUGGACUGACCAGAGCCAGGCUCUGUGUGUGUCUGGACUGACCAGGACCAGGCUCUGUGUGUGUCUGGACUGACCAGGACCAGGCUCUGUGUGUGUCUGGACUGACCAGGACCAG